AUGCCCGGGGCGGUCGCCGCGCCGUUCGCGGACAAAGACGCGCUCAAGACGGCGGUCAGAAAUUGUCUCGGGGCGAACGUGACGGGGUGGAAAUGCUGCUCGACGGACCCGAACUGCGCGGACCCGAGCUCGGCGCGAUGCGGCGCCGCGGGGUGCGAUGACAUGCCCCUCUGGGACACGAGCCUCGUGACGGACAUGUCCGAGUUGUUCCAGUUGUCCCUCGUGGGCGUCGUCUUUGACUCGAGGUCAUUCAACGAAAACAUCACCGGGUGGGAUACCUCCAAGGUCACGAACAUGAGGCACAUGUUCUAUAGCGCCGUCGCGUUCAAUCAACCCAUCGGCUCGUGGGAUACCUCCAAGGUCACGGACAUGGGGGGCAUGUUCGUUCACGCCGACGCGUUCAACCAACCCAUCGGCUCCUGGGAUACCUCGCAGGUCACGAGCAUGAGGAACAUGUUCGAUGCCGCCGACGCGUUCAACCAACCCAUCGGCUCUUGGGAUACCUCCAAGGUCACGGACAUGGGGGGCAUGUUCGGUGGCGCCGCCGCGUUCAAUCAACCCAUUGGCACCUGGAAUACCUCCAAGGUCACGGCCAUGAAUUCCAUGUUCGGUUACGCCACCGCGUUCAAUCGAGCCAUCGGCUCGUGGGAUACCUCGCAGGUCACGAACAUGGAUUUCAUGUUCGAUAGCGCCACCGCCUGGCAAGUGAGGUACACGAACUGCGGCCACUCCAGCUCCCACUCCGCCUGCAGCGAGUUCACGUCGUACUCGAGCUCCGUCGCGGGGGACGCCGGUCCACCCGCCGCUCCCGCCUCCGUCACCGCCUCCACCGCCACCACCUUCGCCUCCUCCAAAGCUCGUCACCGACGACGACGACGCGGCACACGCGCCGCGUGA